AUGGAUCAGUAUGAAGUUAACCCCGAUGACGGAGACGAUGCUGAUGAUGAACCACCCAAAAUUUCUGAUGAUGGCGACGGGGAAGAAGAGAUGAACUACUACGGUGAGACACAAAUCGCUUUGACAGAGCCUCAAGGAGGCUCUGAAGAGGAUCCAAGCAAUGAGUUUGAGGUUGGACAACACUUUCAGAACAAGGAAGAAGUCAUGUUGGCAAUUAAGAUGUACAACAUCAUGAGGGCUGCAGAGUAUAAAAUAUUUGGGCCUGGUUGUUCUUGGAGCAUACUUAUAUCAUAUCGUCAGAAGCAAGAAAAGUGGGAGGUUAGGAGAUACACUGGUCCUCAUAUUUGCAUGCAAACAUCAAUAGGUCAAGACCAUCGUAGGUUGACUUUGAAGGUGAUUGCUCAACACAUUUUCACAAUGGUCAAAGCGGAUCCAACAAUCAGCAUCAGGGUGCUGCAAGGAGGUCUAGAGAAUCACUUCAGUUACAAGGUGUCCUACAGAAAGGUUUGCCUUGCAAAACAGAAAGUCAUUGCUAGAACAUAUGGUACUUGGGUGCAACUUGUGACACAGCCUUGGCCUAGUUCAACCGACACAAUCAUGUUUUAUCGGGUUUUUUGGACGUUUCCACUGUGUGUUGAAGCUUUCAAGCAUUGCAAGCCACAUAUUUCUAUUGAUGGUACCCAUUUAUAUGGUAAAUACGGUGGGAAGUUGUUGAUGGCCAUUGCUCAAGAUGGCAAUGCAAACAUUUUACUUAUUGCAUUUACCGUUGUUGAGGGUGAGAUGAAGGAGGCAUGGUCGUUCUGUCGUAUCUGUGGCAACAUGUGA